UCGGAGAGGCCAGCUCCUCCCAGUGCGCUUGCGUUGGAACAAGUCGCUUAGCCAAUCAAAGGCGAUUACGACUCCCAUACGCGCCGGCCGGCGUGGGGCGGGAGCUGCCUUCUGCACGUGCGCAGUCCUCUCCGGCCCUUCCUUCUCGCUCGGCGCCGCCAACAUGGUGUUCAAGCGCUAUGUGGAAAUCGGCCGGGUGGCCUACAUUUCCUUCGGGCCCCACGAAGGCAAGCUGGUAGCCAUCGUGGAUGUAAUCGAUCAGAACCGGGCUUUGGUGGAUGGCCCAUGCAGUGGGGUGCGGAGGCAGGCCAUGCCAUUUAAAUGUAUGCAGCUCACAGACUUCGUUCUCAAGUUCCCCCACAGUGCUCGUCAGAAGUAUGUUCGGGCUGCCUGGGAGAAAGAAAACAUCAAUAUGAAAUGGAAAGCCACAAGAUGGGCCAAGAAGAUUGAAGCCAGAGAAAGGAAAGCCAAGAUGACAGACUUUGAUCGUUAUAAGGUCAUGAAGGCCAAGAAGAUGAGAAACAGAAUCAUCAAGCACGAAGUGAAGAAGCUGCAGAAGGCGGCCGCCCAGAAGGGCUCUCCCAAGAAGGGGGCUGCCCAGAAGGCCCUGGCCUCAAAGGUCUCUGCCAAGAAGAUCCCCGCGAAGAAGGCCGAGGGUCAGAAGGCCGAACCCGGCCAGAAGGGCCAGAAACCCCCCAGCCAGAAGGCCCCAGCCAAGAAGGGAGCUGCUCAGAAAGCACCAGCUCAGAAGGCUCCGGCCCAGAAAGCAGCUGCUCCCAAGGCCAAAAAAUAAGGGGCUGCCAGAAAUCAAAUAAAGGUUUUGCUAUA